ACCUCGUUUUGACCACCAGAUGGCGCUGCAGAUCAUUCUGUUCGGGGUUUGUUUGGAGCCGGUCUGGUCUUAACGGAAGGCUCCUUCCUCUGGUCGCCCGCUGUUCGUUCGUCUUAUUCGGCGGGUGGAGUUUGGCGGCGGUCAGGGAGACAAAGACAGGGCUGGACGGGGGAAGUCGUGCUGGGUCGUCGCUAGAUGUGCUUUGACUUAAGGUUGACACCCAGCUGCUGAGUCCCCGGAUCUCCACCGGACAAGGGAACCACCUGCAGAGCUCACUUGUUUUUAUUACAGUAUUUACUUCUCUAUCGUCAGCGGGAAUUUAUAACAAAGGACAUCUGCAGGAGGGACUGGACUUGUUUUCCUUCUUUUUACUUGACAUUGAACUCAUCCCAGUUUUCAAUACACCAAAAAAAAAAAUAAUGCCCUAAGAGGCAGCGUGAAGAUGUUUGGUUGUUUUUGUGUAGAUGUUUCAGCAGGUGUCUGGAGAAGCUCUAUUCUCUGGUGAUCUCAAUGAAGCUUUUUUCGUGACAAAUCCCCAACAGGGCCACUUGGGUCCAGACUGUGGAGACCUGUACCUACAGGAACUCAAAGUAAUUUAAAGUAUUUAUUGGAAUAUUAGCCCAUUCUUGCUUCAGGAUGGACCUCUUCUUCAACCCUUUUGAUAAUCUGCUGUGCAUCCUACUGGGCAUUUCCUUUACAGUGUGGUUCACCCUGCUGCUGGUAUUCAUUAUUGUCCCGGCCAUUUUUGGUGUAUCAUUUGGCAUCAGGCGUCUUUAUAUGAAGACUUUGUUGAAGAUAUUUGAGUGGGCCACACUUAGGAUAGAGAGGGGAGCCAAAGAAAAAAAUCACCACCUGUACAAACCUUACUCAAAUGCUAUAAUCGCUAAGGAUCCCACCUCCUUGGAAGAGGAGAUCAAGGAGAUCCGGCGGAGCGGCAGCAACAAAGACCUGGACUCUGCCUCGGAGUUUGAGAUGUCCGACAUCUUCUACUUUGCUCGGCGAGGGGUGGAGAGCAUCAUGGACGAUGAAGUGACCAAGCGGUUUUCUGCUGAAGAGCUGGAGUCCUGGAAUCUGCUGACUCGCAGCAACAACAACUUUCAUUAUAUCAGCCUGAGGCUGACCAUCCUCUGGGGGCUGGGCCUCGUGAUCCGCUACGGUAUCCUGCUGCCUCUCAGGGUAACCCUCGCCUUCACUGGUGUAGGCCUCCUUGUGUUCCUCACCUCUGUAAUCGGGCGUCUGCCAAAUGGAAGGAUGAAGAACCUACUCAGUGAGAAAGUACAUCUGAUGUGCUACAGAAUAUGUGUCAGAGCGUUGACUGCCAUUAUAACCUAUCAUGACAGUGAGAAUAAACCCAAAAAUGGAGGCAUCUGUGUCGCUAACCAUACUUCACCGAUUGAUGUUAUCAUCCUGGCCAGCGACGGCUGCUACGCCAUGGUUGGCCAAAUUCACGGUGGACUGAUGGGGGUCAUUCAGCGAUCCAUGGUCAAGGCCUGUCCACACAUUUGGUUUGAGCGCUCUGAAGUAAAAGACCGACACCUAGUGGCCAAACGGUUGAGCGACCAUUUACAAGAUAAAUCUAAGCUGCCUAUUCUCAUUUUUCCAGAAGGUACCUGCAUAAACAACACUUCAGUCAUGAUGUUCAAGAAGGGCAGUUUUGAUAUCGGCGCCACUGUCUACCCUGUGGCCAUUAAGUAUGAUCCACGGUUUGGUGAUGCCUUCUGGAACAGCAGCAAGUUUGGAAUGGUCAACUACCUUCUCCGUAUGAUGAGCAGCUGGGCCAUCGUCUGCAGCGUGUGGUACCUUCCUCCCAUGUCAAGAGAGGACGGGGAGGACGCCGUACAGUUUGCCAAUCGUGUGAAAGCAGCCAUAGCCAGGAAGGGUGGACUAGUUGACCUCCUGUGGGAUGGAGGUUUAAAGCGAGAGAAGGUAAAAGAUACCUUUAAAGAAGAGCAGCAAAAGCUGUAUAGCAAAAUGCUCGUAGGCACCCAAGAGGACCGCAGCCGCUCCUGAGGGUCCUUCAUGGAGGUGGACUGACUCAGAGACUGUUCUGGGCAUCCCUGAUGAGGCCGACAGUCAGCAGUGAUCCUUCACAGGUGGAACCGCUGGACUGGAUUGUUCCUUUCUUGAUGUCAGCAGUACUCCAUUUGGCUUCUUCAGUCACUGCCUCAGCCUGGCAUGUUAAGUUGCAUCACUGUUGUGGGGAUUCGGCCCCCUCGUUGGAAAAGCUUGAUAAAAGCCUCGCUCGCAUUAGAAAAGAAAGACUUGGCACAAAGUGAAAGCUUUCCUUUGUGUCUGUCUAUUGAGGGGAAACAAAUGGUAGUCUAUAUUUGUCUUUGUUUUCCUGCCAGAAUGUAUUUUUUAAAAGCUUGAUUAUCUCACCUGGAGUUGAAGUUACAGAGGGAAUGUAGAAAUGAGAUGUAGAUUAAAUCUAGUUUAUUUUAAUCAUAAAACCUGAGGCUGAGUUGUUUUUUUCAUAAAUGGUAGUACCUCCACUAUAGGGCAAAAUGCCAAACUUUGUUACAUUUCAGAUAUUUGUAUGUGCUUUUUCCAGGAGGAGGAAAGAACAAAUCUUGUAUGCGAAGAUUAUUUUGCAAUACAACUUGUAUCAACAUGUGGUUUCAUUUGGGCAGAAAAGCUCUUUUGUGUGUUUUCCAUGGAAUGUGAGCGAACUCACAAUAUGAAGUGGAAACUGUGCACCUACAGUUUCUGUUAUGCAGGCAUAUUGAUUUUUAUGCAGAUACUCCUCUUCAAGUUAACGCUGCAACAUGACUGGAGUAAGGGAGCGCACAGUCGUUUCAUGAAGCUUUUGGUUUUAUAGUUGUGCCUUAAAGGCUCAUGGCACCAAGGUAACGGCAUAGGAUAAAUGCCCAUGACAAAAACAUGGCUGUAAGUAACAAUCACCUGAUUCUUGUUUAAAUACACUUCCAAACAGACCUGAUUUUGUGCAGUUUCUGUAUUACCUCAUUUGUUUUAAGCAAAAGCCAAAAGCUUUUGUCUGUAUCUUCCUCUAAAUAAAGAUAUUUUUUCAACCUAGCAACCUCAUGGAGGUCUUUAGAAGGGACUGCAGCUGUAGCUGGUGCUUUGCAUUAGGCUGGGAGGGGUGGCAACAUGGGUACAGCCUGUUACGGGUAUCUCCCUGAAACAUUGAUCUUGUUAGUUUGGUGUUAUCAGGGGCAGCCAUUUAGAGCCUGUCAAAUCAGUUCAUUGAAAUAAAUGUUUAAGAAUGGGACUCAA